GCAAACAUUCAAUAGGCGGUGGGGUGGACAGCUGAGGAGAGGAGGAGGGGCUAGUAAUCAAACUAUACAUCAUGCAGCGUGUCAUUGCAAAAGUUCUUCGGAAGCAUUCGCUUUCAAAUUGCAUCAGACUUUUAGAACGAAAGUGUGGGUUAUGCCGAUUGUCUGUUGCAUGUGAAACUCAUAGACCUGCAUUACAGUGCGUAGAAAAACAUUGCCGAAAUGUUAGCCAUAUGAGCCCACAGAAAGCUUUCAAGAAUCUACAGGAAGAGUACAGAGCAGUUUUCGCAUUAUUUGAACGAUCAGGAUUGCCUGUGAGAAGAUAUCCCAACUUUUCUUGCUUGUCUCGAGGUUUUCAUUCCUCGAGUGUUAACAAUGCUCAACCAAACCCAGAUGAUAAAAAGCCCGAAAAAAAUGACGAUGAAGAUAAUAAAAUAUCAUCUCUUCUAGCAAAAGCCUUUCUGUGGAUGUUAACUGCAUAUAUGCUCAUUGCAAUAAUAUCAUUAUUAUUUCCUAGCAGCAAUCAACCUGAGGUAAUUCGUUAUGUUUCUUGGAAUGAGUUCGUUCACCAUAUGCUUGCAAAGGGUGAAGUUGAAGAAGUUAUUGUAAGGCCUGAUGUUGACAUUGUAACCAUUAUCCUUCACGACGGAGCUGUUGUGAAAGGGAAAAAAAUGGAACACAAAACAUUUCAUAUGAUAAUUGUAGAUAUUAAUCGAUUUGAAGAAAAAUUACGGGAAGCAGAAACUAGUCUUGGAAUUCGAGCUGAUGGUGGUGUGCCAGUGAUCAUAGAAAGAAGUUCUGACACUGCUGGAAAAUUACUUGCAUCGUUGAUUGUUGUUGGUCUGCUUUUAUCUUUGUUGUCGCGAAGCAGGAGCAUUCGACCACCUCUUAGCAUGGACACAUUUUCACAACUGGGACGCGCAAAAUUUACACUUGUUGAUCCUUUAUCUGGACCUGGGAAAGGAGUACAUUUUGCUGAUGUUGCUGGUCUUCAGGAAGCAAAACAAGAAGUUAUGGAAUUUGUUGAUUACUUAAAGAGACCAGAACAUUAUAAAAGUCUUGGAGCCAAGGUGCCAAAAGGUGCACUGCUACUAGGCCCUCCUGGAUGUGGAAAAACAUUGUUAGCAAAAGCAGUGGCAACUGAAGCUAAUGUACCGUUCUUAUCAAUGAACGGGUCAGAAUUCAUAGAAAUGAUAGGUGGCUUAGGUGCAGCUAGAGUUCGGGAUUUAUUUAAGGAAGGACGGAAGCGAGCUCCUUGUAUAAUUUAUAUUGAUGAAAUUGAUGCCAUUGGACGCAAGCGUGGUGGGAACAGCCAGUUUGAUGGAUCUUCAGGAGAAGGUGAGCAGACCCUCAACCAGCUUCUGGUAGAAAUGGAUGGCAUGGCAUCAAAGGAAGGUGUAAUAAUGCUGGCUUCAACAAACCGUGCUGAUGUGUUGGAUAAGGCCCUGUUACGUCCGGGAAGAUUUGAUAGACAUAUCCUUAUUGAUUUUCCUAAUCUUGAAGAAAGAAAACAGAUAUUUGAGCAGCACCUGAAAGGAAUAGCUUUGGAGAAGACUCCUGAGCAUUAUUCUAGACGAAUGGCUCAUUUGACUCCUGGGUUCAGCGGUGCAGAUAUUGCAAAUGUGUGUAAUGAAGCAGCUCUACAUGCUGCUCGAUACAAGCAAUCAGCAGUUAAGGGCACUGAUUUGGAAUAUGCUGUUGAAAGACUUGUUGGAGGAACAGAAAAACGUAGUCAAGUUAUGUCUCCUCAAGAGAAACGUGUAGUGGCUUAUCACGAGUCUGGCCAUGCAUUAGUUGGUUGGAUGUUGCGUCAUACUGAUGCACUCUUAAAAGUUACUAUUGUACCACGCACCAACCAAGCUCUUGGAUUUGCUCAGUAUACUCCUAGUGAUCAACGUUUGUUCUCCAAAGAGGAGCUUUUUGAAAGGAUGUGCAUGGCAUUAGGUGGAAGAGUUGCCGAAUCAUUGACAUUCAAUCAGAUUACAACCGGUGCCCAGAAUGAUUUACAGAAAGUUACAAAAAUGGCAUAUGCCCAGGUGCGCCAUUUUGGAAUGUGUGACUCUGUUGGAUUAGUUUCCUUCCCAGAAGGAGACAAUUCAGGAGUUGGAAAGCGCCCUUACAGCAAAAGGCUAGCAGCCCUUAUGGAUGAUGAAGUAAAAAGAUUGGUGGCACAUGCAUAUCAAAAGACUGAAAAUGUAUUGAAAAAUAACUUUGACAAACUUGAAUUGCUUGCAGAAACACUAAUAAAGUGUGAAACCCUGAGCUAUGCUGAUAUAGAGGGGCUGAUAGGGCCACCUCCUCAUGGUCGAAAGCGUCUAAUUGAUCCCGGAGAAUUUGAAGAAUCUGUUUCUAAAGAAGCACAACCAAAGAAACCUGCAUCAAAAAGGCUUGCUACCAAAUAGUAAUAAGUUUCAACUGUCUCUCUCUUUAGAGAAAUUUACUUAUGUAAUUCAGAAAAGUUACUGAAUGUUGAGUAUCUAUUGAAUUUUGAAUUCUUCUUGCAUACAGCAAAAUAAAAGUUACAUGUUCUCUUGAAAUAACAGAAUUCAGAUUCAAGUAAUGUGCAAUACUUCUGAAGUAAUUUGAAUUAUAUGUAUUGUACAUAGUAUUUUAUAGUCUUCUUCCUUGUUUUAGAAAUAAAGUUAUUUGGAAAAAUGCAGGAGCUAUUGUACAGAAUAUUUUGAUACUGCUUUAAGUUUUUCCCUGCUGGGAAAUGCUAUAAGAAUGUUGUAUUUCAGGACUUACGAAAUUUAAUUGAAUUCUCUUCGUAUCUCAGGAUACUAAGGAUCUCUCUGUUGUAUUUCAGGACUUACUGAAAUUCAUUAGUUGUAAAUUAUUGGUCUUAGAUCAUGACAAAAUAAUGAAUUUCUGCAAUAUAACUCUUCAAUUAUGGACUUUAAUUUAUUAUUAGUAACUGAAAAUAUGUAUAGAAAUGAAUUUUAGGUAUUAAUAAAACUUUCCUAUCAAGCACUAUAUUUUUAAGCCUGUUAUACUUUUUUGUGAUCAGAAAGUUUUACUUUUAAGAACAUAAUUUUUCUAACAAACUUUGUGAUACACUAAAACAGGAAGGCACUAAGCUAUGAAAAGAACCACCAUUACCUUCUCCGAAAACCAUAGGACGAGACCACCAACAAUAUAUUGAAACUAGGGCCGAACUGGCAACAUGGCAAAUGCCAGAAGCCAAGCUGGAGGAGAAAUAGUGUAAAAUGUUAAUUUAUUGACAAUAUAAGAAAAUAAAUGUUGAAUAAUUUUAAGAUCAGAGAUAUUUCUGAAAAUAAUAUUAAAAUUUUUUAUUUGUUUAGUGGAAAUUGGUUCAUAUAGGUCGUUUUGACAAGACUGUAAAUUAAAAUAUGUUGAAAUGAAAGUGAAGUGUUGUUAUACACCACACAGCAUUUAACUGUUCUUUUGAUGUUAAAUAAAUAUGAAAAAGAAGUAAAAGAGAGUAAUACACCACACAAAUUUUAACUAUUCUUUUGAUAUUAAAUAAAUAAAUAAAUACAUUACUAGAGUUCUACCUGUGAGAGAAAGUGGUGCCAAAAAUACAAAAGCUUCUUCCCACAACUGAAAAAAAAAUUUCUUUGAAGUUAUGAAAUCGUCAGUGGAUUUGGAAUAUGGUAAAUGCACUAGUAACGUGACAUGCAUUUGAACACCAUACAAAAUAUCAAAUGGCAUAUGUUUUGUAAAUAGCUAGUCCAGUAGUAUUAUUUUGCAUGUCCACUUGAUUCAAGAGUAGAGAGGGAAGCUGAGAGUGGUGGGUAGAUCACCAGGAGGUGGAGCACCCUUGUGUAUCACUCAUUUAUCUGUAUCAAAAACAUUCCAAUGGAAGCUGCUUAUUCAUUGGAUAAUAAACCUGUAGACCACAGUCAUUUUUAAAAAGUUAUUUUACUUCUCAGUAGAUACAAUGCUUGUUUGGAAGAGCAUGUCAACAGCUGUUUUGAGGUGCUAUGUUUGUGAUAGGCGCUAGUCCAACAUUCGACCAUUUAUUACAUUUACAGAUUAACAAUAUCUGCUUGUAAAAGUGAAUAGAACAUUUAAACAAUAAUUUGAAAAUAAAUAAAAGAGAAGUAUUGAAUAGUCAUUCUUGAAAAACCAUGUUUACUAAUAAAUUUAUUCUCGCAUUUUUAAUUUUCUUAAAUUGGCAAUAUUCAAUAUGGUUCAAGUUGACUUCGGCGCAUGUACAUUUCUUUCUUUUUGCGUUCAAUAUUAGUCCACAUUGUUUGCUUAGAAAGUGAAUUAUCAUCAAAUAGUGUGUGGUUGAGUGUGGUAGAAAUUUUUUAAGUUAAGGUUG